CACAGAACAGAACAAUAUCAAAUAGCUAACUUCACCCCCAACCACAGUCCUUGCUGUUGGCAUUUACUCAACUAGUCUUUAAUUCCUGUUUGACAAACUUUAUAAGGUGCUACAAGGCAGAUGAUUUUUCACCAUCUACCAUCAUGUGGAACAGAUAUUUUGUCUUCUAUCUGCUGCUUUUGUCAGCGUUUACGAGUCAAACAGUAUCCGGACAAAGAAAGAAAGGACCAAAAUCAAAUUUGCUUGCAAGGAAAAGUGAUGUCCAGGGCUCCAUUUGUUUCAUAGAUAUUGUCUUCAUCGUGGACAGCUCUGAAAGUUCUAAAAUUGUCCUCUUUGAUAAACAGAAAGAUUUUGUGGAUAGCUUGAGUGACAAGAUUUUCCAAUUGACUCCUGGUCGCUCCUUAGAAUAUGACAUCAAACUGGCAGCCCUUCAGUUUAGCAGCUCUGUCCAAAUUGAUCCACCUUUUUCUUCCUGGAAGGACCUGCAGACAUUUAAGCAGAAGGUCAAGUCUAUGAAUUUAAUAGGGCAAGGUACCUUCUCUUAUUAUGCCAUCUCCAAUGCCACUAGGCUACUUAAGAGAGAAGGGCGUAAGGAUGGUGUGAAAGUGGCUUUGCUGAUGACAGAUGGCAUCGACCAUCCAAGGAAUCCAGAUGUUCAAAGUAUUUCUGAAGAUGCCAGAAUUUCAGGAAUAUCAUUUAUCACCAUUGGACUUUCUACGGUAGUCAAUGAAGCCAAACUUCGUUUGAUUUCUGGGGAUUCAUCCAGUGAACCCACUUUACUGUUGAGUGAUCCAACCCUUGUAGAUAAAAUUCAAGAUCGUCUGGAUAACUUAUUUGAAAAGAAGUGUGAACGCAAGAUUUGUGAAUGUGAGAAGGGAGAUCCAGGUGAUCCAGGGCCUCCUGGUACACAUGGAAAUCCAGGUAUCAAAGGUGAGCGAGGACCAAAAGGAAACCCGGGCAACACUCAAAAAGGAGAAGCUGGAGAAAGAGGUCCAGGGGGAAUUCCUGGGUACAAGGGUGACAAGGGUGAACGUGGGGAAUGUGGUAAACCAGGAAUAAAAGGUGACAAAGGAUCCCCAGGGCCAUAUGGACCAAAGGGACCCAGAGGAAUUCAGGGAAUUAGUGGACCUCCAGGAGACCCAGGCCCAAAGGGGUUUCAAGGCAAUAAGGGUGAGCCAGGUCCCCCUGGUCCUUACGGUUCUCCAGGAGCUCCUGGAAUUGGACAGCAAGGUAUUAAGGGAGAAAGAGGCCAAGAAGGAAGACUGGGAGCUCCAGGACCCAUUGGAGUUGGUGAGCCUGGACAGCCAGGUCCCCGUGGUCCUGAGGGAGUACCAGGAGAGAGGGGCUUACCCGGAGAAGGAUUUCCAGGACCAAAGGGUGAAAAAGGUUCUGAAGGACCAACUGGCCCACAGGGAUUACAAGGCCUAUCAAUCAAAGGGGACAAGGGGGAUAUGGGACCUGUGGGACCCCAAGGACCGAUGGGUAUCCCUGGAAUCGGGAGUCAAGGGGAACAGGGAAUCCAAGGUCCUCUUGGUCCACCUGGUCCACAAGGGCCCCCAGGACAAGGCUUACCUGGUUCCAAGGGAGAAAUAGGCCAAAUGGGACCUACAGGCCCUCGAGGACCAGUGGGAAUUGGAGUACAAGGUCCAAAGGGAGAGCCAGGCUCAAUAGGGCUGCCAGGACAACCAGGAGUACCAGGAGAAGAUGGAGCUGCAGGGAAGAAGGGAGAAGCAGGGCUUCUGGGAGCAAGAGGCCCGGAAGGACCACCUGGAAAAGGACAGCCUGGCCCCAAGGGUGAUGAAGGCAAGAAAGGGAGCAAAGGAAAUCAAGGACAGAGGGGAAUUCCAGGGCCCGAAGGACCAAAGGGUGAACCGGGCAUUAUGGGCCCUUUUGGAAUGCCUGGAACGUCAAUUCCUGGACCACCUGGGCCAAAGGGAGAUAGAGGAGGACCUGGGAUACCUGGAUUUAAAGGAGAACCUGGACUUUCUAUUCGAGGACCAAAGGGUGUCCAAGGCCCUCGGGGACCAGUGGGUGCUCCAGGACUCAAAGGUGAUGGCUAUCCUGGUGUGCCUGGACCUCGUGGAUUACCAGGACCCCCUGGGCCGAUGGGUUUACGUGGAGUGGGAGACACCGGAGCAAAGGGAGAGCCUGGGGUCAGAGGCCCUCCAGGUCCUUCUGGGCCUCGGGGCAUAGGAACCCAAGGGCCAAAGGGUGAUACUGGGCAGAAAGGCUUGCCUGGCCCUCCUGGCCCCCCUGGCUAUGGAUCACAGGGAAUUAAAGGGGAACAAGGACCACAAGGCUUCCCAGGCCCAAAGGGCACAAUGGGCCAUGGUCUCCCAGGCCAGAAGGGAGAGCACGGAGAACGGGGCGAUGUGGGAAAGAAAGGUGAUAAAGGAGAAAUUGGAGAGCCUGGAUCUCCAGGAAAACAGGGUUUACAAGGACCCAAAGGAGACCUAGGACUUACAAAAGAAGAAAUUAUCAAACUUAUUACAGAAAUAUGUGGUUGUGGGCCCAAAUGCAAAGAGACUCCACUAGAGCUGGUGUUUGUGAUUGACAGCUCAGAAAGCGUGGGGCCAGAGAACUUCCAGAUCAUUAAAAAUUUUGUGAAGACUAUGACUGAUCGGGUUGCUCUGGACCUUGCCACGGCCCGCAUAGGCGUAAUCAACUAUAGCCAUAAGGUGGAGAAGGUGGCUAAUUUGAAGCAGUUCUCCAGCAAGGAUGACUUCAAGUUGGCUGUGGACAACAUGCAGUAUCUGGGGGAAGGCACAUACACAGCCACCGCUCUCCAAGCAGCCAACGACAUGUUCGAAGAUGCAAGGCCAGGUGUAAAAAAAGUGGCCUUGGUCAUCACUGAUGGGCAGACAGAUUCUCGUGAUAAAGAGAAACUGACAGAGGUGGUGAAGAAUGCCAGUGACACCAAUGUGGAGAUAUUUGUGAUAGGGGUGGUGAAGAAAAAUGAUCCCAACUUUGAAAUAUUCCACAAAGAAAUGAAUCUAAUUGCUACUGACCCAGAGCAUGUUUACCAGUUUGAUGAUUUCUUUACCCUGCAAGACACCCUGAAGCAGAAAUUGUUUCAAAAAAUUUGUGAGGAUUUUGAUUCCUAUCUCGUUCAAAUUUUUGGUUCAUCAUCACCUCAACCUGGAUUUGGGAUGUCAGGGGAAGAACUCAGUGAAUCUACUCCAGAGCCUCAAAAAGAAAUUUCUGAGUCAUUGAGUAUCACCGGAGACCAGGAUGAAGAUGAUAAGGCUCCAGAGCCAACCUGGGCUGAUGAUCUGCCUGCCACUACCUCAUCUGAGGCCACCACCACCCCCAGGCCACUGCUCAGCACCCCUGUGGGUGGGGCAGAGGAUCCUAGAUGUCUGGAAGCCUUGAAGCCUGGCAACUGUGGUGAAUAUGUGGUCCGAUGGUAUUAUGACAAACAGGUCAACUCUUGUGCCCGAUUUUGGUUCAGUGGCUGUAAUGGCUCAGGAAAUAGAUUCAACAGUGAAAAGGAAUGUCAAGAAACCUGCAUUCAAGGAUGAGCAAGUCUACCCUCAUUCAAUUCAACAGUGCAAAAAAGAGCACUCAAGGAAGAAGGAGAUGGAAGAAUACCCAUCUUGGCAGAAAUAAUGAUAUGUAUAAUUUUUUUAUUUAAGUAAAAUUGUAUUAUGUAAUAUUUGAUACUACAAAAGAAGAUAAGGCAACAUGCUUGUCAAUUUUUUUUUAUUAUACUUUAAGUUUUAGGGUACAUGUACACAAAGUGCAGGUUUGUUACAUAUGUAUACAUGUGCCAUGUUAGUGUGCUGCACCCAUUAACUCGUCAUUUACAUUAAGUGUAUCUCCUAAUGCUAUCCCUCCCCGCCUCCCCCCACCCCACGACAGGCCCUGGUGUGUGAUGUUCCCCAUCCUGUGUCCAUGUGUUCUCAUUGUUCGAUUCCCACCUAUGAGUGAGAACAUGCGGUGUUUGGUUUUUUGUCCUUGUGACAGUUUGCUGAGAAUGAUAGUUUCCAGCUUCAUCCAUGUCCCUACAAAGGACAUGAACUCAUCAUUUUUUAUGGCUGCAUAGUAUUCCAUGGUGUAUAUGUAGCAUGCUUGUCAAUUUAAAAACAUGAUAAGAUGAACACCAGUGAACACAUCACCUAGAUAAUGAAGCAAACAUAAAAAAUGCUAUUGAAGCUUCCCGUGUGGCCCUCCACCAUCCCAGCUCUCUGUUCCAUGCCAGGGAUAUCCCAUUUUGAACUUCGUAUUUACCAUGUCAAUGUGCUGUUGACUUUUAUAGGUAAUUUUACAUGUAAAACUCUAUAUAUUCUAUGUGUUGCUAAACAAUAAAUAUUUAGCCUUGCUUAUUUUACAGUUUUACAAAAA